UCUCUCUCUCUGUCUCUCUCUCUCUCUCUGUCUCUCAGGGUAAAGACGAGGUGUACGACCGGAUGCUGCUGGAUUACUUCCUGUCCUACCACCAGUUCAUCCACCUCCUGUGUCGCGUCGCCAUCAACUGCGAGAAAUUCACCGACACUCUCGUCAAACUCAGUGUGUUAAUAGCGUACGAGGGACUUCCUCUUCACCUCGCUCUCUUCCCCAAGCUGUGGACGGAGCUCUGCCAGUCACAGUCUGUUUUGGCCAAAACGUGUGUGAAGCUGCUGUGUGACGAUCCGGCGUUCAGCGAGUACAUCAAGUGCAUCCUGAUGGACGAGAGGAUGUUUCUCAACAACAACGUGGCGUACUCCUUCCUCACCUACUUCCUGCACAAGGUCCAGGUCCUGUCUGCUCCCAGCUGCUCCAACCUCAUCAGUGUUUUGGUGACGAACCUCCUGAGUGAACAGAGCAGCCUGCAGCCCGAGCUCGCCGCUCACCGCCUGGAGCUCAGCAAGACGAGCGGCCUGCUCAACGCUGACCUGAGGGCGUUGGUGCUGCUGCUGUCCGUCCAGCCGCCUCAGGUCAUUGACCCCGCCCUCUGCCCCGCCCUGCAGGAGCUGCUGGGCCGCUGUCGUGUUUGCGUUCAGCAGCGCAGCGUUCUGGAGCUGGAGGCCAAGGACCACAAGGCCAAAGCUGAGGAGGAAGGAGCGACCCCGGUGAAGCGGCGGAGGGUGAGCAGUGAUGACGACCGAGCCGGUGACACAGCGGCGCCGCUCUGUGUGGCCUCCACCUCCUCUUCCUCUAUUCUCCCGCCCUGCAGUGAGCUGAAGCCCGACCACCAGGAGGCGCUGACGCCCACCAGCACCUCAGACACAGAGACCCGAGACUCCUCCUCACUGAUCGACCCGGGUACUGAACAGGACCCGCCCUCCCCCGACCCUGCCCCCUCCUCUGGAAACCUGGACUCCUCCCCCAAGGAGGAGAAGAUGGAGGCUUCUUCAUCGUCGUCCUCCUCCUCGUUCUCCUCCUCCUCCUCCCUGCUGCAGGAGGCGUUUGUUCAGGGAGAAGAACCUGAGCCGCCGCGAUGCGUGGCGACGGGGGAGGGGCAGCGGGAGGAGGGGCAGGGUGAGGCGAUGAUGUCUGGCUCCUCAGAGGAAGUGAAGGAGGAGAAGGAGAUGGCCGCCAAGACCAGCAGCAGCUCGGCCCCGCCUCUCUCAGAGGACGCCGCCUUCCCAUCUGCCCUUGGGUUGGUGGGGGAGGGGUCAGAGGGCUGCAGUGCUCACGCCCCCCAGGUGUUUCCAAGCGCCGGCCCCCCACCUGACAUGCUGGACAUGCUGUACAGGACAGUGGAAGCCACUAUCGCCAUAGUUACCAAACUGUCCGUAAAGGACCCGCCCUCUUCAUGACAUCAUCAACUCACAGCCGCCAUGAGAUCUUGAACGAAAACUUUUUUUUUUCUCUCUCUUUUAAAAAAAUUUGAAUUCAGCUCCGAGGGAGAAAAAACAUUUUCCUGUUUCCUCCUCCUCCUCUUCUUCUUCUUCUUCUUCUUCUUCUGCUGUUUGUGUGCUGCUGUUCGUCGCCUUCAGCUGAUGUUCAGUCGGUGGGUUUUUCCAGCUUUCAGUGGCUCCUCCCCUUCUCAUCUCGCUCCGCUAAUGUCCGACUCCGCAGCCGAGCCCUCGUUUGACAAAAAGAAGAAAGUCGUUCAAGCUACAGCACAUUGAUUUCAAAGGGCAAAAAAAGUUUUUGUUCUGUUGGUUGUUUUGUUUGUGUGUGUGUGUGUGUGCGAGCGCGUGUGUGUGUGUGUGUGUGUGUUUUAUACUGAUUUGAAUUUGUUUUGAAAAGUGAUUUUAUUUGAGGUUUGCUGUAACGGGGAAAGGUUUACAGGACUUUUGUCUCCUCUGUUUGUAAUUUAAUUUUAUUGCAUUUUUACUGUGUAUGAAAAUGGUCGUCCUCUGUGCCAGUUUUGUACUUUAUGAACGAGGCAAAAGAAAAUGUUGCCUUGAUUUUUCUGUGGUUUAAUUAUCCAGAAAUUAAGUUUACCUGUAAAUUAAGAGAACCACAAGAAACUUGAUUCUGUAAAGAAUCCUCUCUAGUCAUUGCCUGAAGGUGUAUAUGAAAACUAUAUAAAUAUAUAUAUAAAUAUCUUUAUAUAUAUAUGAGUAUAUAAAAGCGGUGCUUUAUUUGACUGUGGUUGAAAUAAAGCCGCCAUGUUGGACCA